CCACAAAAUGCAUACCUUGUUAAAUGCAACCCUGUACUGCGGCCAGCCAACAAAACAUUCAUAUAAAUAAUAAUAAUAAAACGCAACGCACGGCCCCGAGGCGUCGCCAACAACGUCAACGCAAUGGGCUUUCCGCGCAUUCUCAGCAAGAACAAUAAAAUCUACACAAAGCUUGGCGAGUUCUGCCUAUCGGGCGACAGCUUCUGGAUCGUCUGCCACACAUGUCAGGAAGAGCUGCAGACGCAGGACGCCUUUUGGAAGCACAUCCAAGAUGAGCACAACUUUCUGCACGGCCUCGCCAAGGAGCAUGGUCGCAGCUCCAAUUAUUGCUUGACGGACGUGGAUGCGGCUGCCGCGAGUAGUACAACAACGUUGCCAACGUUGCCCAUGCCGCUGGCAUUGUAUCACUGUGCCAAGUACAACGAGGAGGAGCAGGAACAGGAAAAUCAGCAGCAACAGCAGCAGCAACAGCAACAGCAGCAACAGCAGCAGCAACAGCAGCACCAGCAGCAGCAACAACAGCAGCAGCAGCAGCAACAGCAACAGCAACAACAGCUGCAGCUUCAGCAGCAACAGCAACAGCAGCAGCAGCAACAACAACAGCGGGAUACGGCCAAGGAUCUGGCGGAGCUGCAUGCCGUGGCAGUUGCUGCCGCUGGCGAUCACAGUGCGCGCAGCAGCAGCAGCAGCGUCUGCGGCGGGGCCGGCGGAGGCAGCAGCAUCGAUAUCAAAGUGGAGCCCACCAGCUUGAGCCUACCACCGGAUAUGCAGGUGGCAGCGGCAGCCGCAGCAGCUGGGAGCAACGCCAACACCACAAUCUACCAUUUGUCGCAGGUGGUGCCAGUGGCACCGCCGCCUCCGCCGCCGGCAUCGACGUCCUGCUUUGUGAACGCGGGCACAGUGACAACUCCGACAACGAGCGCAACAAUAGCAGCAACAGCCACGCCCCCGCCGCCGCCGCCACUGUCGCAUACCGCAUUGGCCGGUUCAGUGGUUGGCGGCUCUAAUGUUAAUGUGAAUGUCAAUGCUAAUGCGGCGGCUGCUGCUGCCGCCGCCGCCGCCGCUGUGGUGCUGCAGCAGUCGUGCAUACCGUUGCUGGCCGGCGGCCAGGAGCUGCUGCCAAAGGACUCGAAUAGCACGACGGCCAGCGCGAGCAGCGCCGUGUCGUCGGAUGACGGCGAGCGUUGGUAUAUCUGCGAUUAUAACGCCUGUGGACUGAAGUUCAAGUACAAGUCGCGCAUGGAGCUGCAUCGGGUGGUGCACAGCAAGGAGCGGCGAUUCAACUGUGAUAUGUGCACCGCCUCCUUCAAGCAGUCUUGCAACCUGUCCACGCACCGCAAGAAGAAGCACUCAAUAAGGGGCAUCAAGAGCGAGCUCUUGCCGCAGCGCUUCUAAUGUGCGUGAGAGGUGCUCACGCCUUCUUGCCGCCAUGCCUCCAUCCCGCUACCUAAGGACCAAGUGCAAAGUCGCGCCCCCUUCCCCGAACCUUAAAACUCCUAUCAUGAGUCCAAUUCCAAAUCCCAUCCAUCUAAGCCAUAUUUUUUAUAUAUAUAUAUAUGUAUGUAAAUGUUUUUUUUUUCUUUUUUUGUUUGUUUUAAUUUGUUUAGUUUUAAGUUAAUCUUAAGCAUAUUCACACACACACACAUAUAUAUAAAUGUAUAAAUAUAUGAUUUACCUUUAAGUUUUAGCCCCUUGCCGCGCCCUCACCGUAGCCCUCUUCCCCAUCCCAUUUAGUGUUAAGCAUAUGUUUAAGUGAGGUUAUGUUAAUCUCUGUGGGCAUAGCAAAUUGGUGUACUUAAGCCGAUUUUAGGACUGUGCAUCAGCAUAUAUAUGUAUAUGUAUGUAUGUUUGUACGGUAUGUCUGUAUGUUUUUACAUGUGUAUGUUUACACACUCACACACACAACUUACGUUCGUAUAGCUGUAAAUGCAGAUUUUUAUGUAGUCGUUAAGAGAACUUUACCGUUAAUUAUUAAGCGUUUAUUUGUAAGCAGCCGAAACACAAACAGGAGAAUGAGAAUGAAAAUGAGGAUUAAUCAAAAUGAUGAAUAUUAACAGUAAAACGAACCCGUUAGUCAGUUGUUAGCAAUUACAUAACGUUACAGUUUUUUUUUUUAUCGAAACUAUGUCAAAUAAUACGAUCAAUCCAGUAAAAAAUCGACAACAAAAUAUAUACCUUAACAAUUGUUCAGUUAA